AUGGCGUCGGGUGAUUUGCACAACGUCAAAAUGGGCGCCUCUGCGGCCGAGCGAAACGCGCCUCACAUCGCGGCAAAAGUCGUGCCGAGACUGCUUCAGAUAUGCAAAGAAGAAGAAGAAGAGGAGAACAUCGAUAAGGAGAAGUACGCGUUCGAAAUAGGCUCCGGCCAAGGCGUGCACGCGUCCAUCAUCGCCCCCAAGUUACCGAACAUCGAGUUCGUGCUCUCGGACAUGGCGGAAGAUUACUUUGAACACAUAAAAGAGAACGUGAAAAGCAUAGACAACGUCUUGCUCCCGCCGGUGACGUUUGACGCGAGAGAUGACAUCGUGGACGCGCUGAUCGUGGAUAAUUUAAAAGCGGUUAUCGGGGCGUGUUUGUUAGUGUUAGUGGUGAACAUCUGUCACAUAAGUCCAAUUGAAACGACCAAAGGGAUAUUCGCGUCGAGCGAGAAGGUGUUGGCGAAACGAGGCGUUUUGUAUAUUUACGGACCGUUCAACGUGGACGGGAAGUAUACGAGCGAAGGAAACGAGAGGUUCGAUAAGAGCAUGAAAGAGAAGGACGAGAGGUUUGGUAUUAGGGACAUAUCGGAGUUAGAGGCCAUAGGAGAAACGCACGGGAUGAAAUUGAACGAGAUUCACGAGAUGCCGGCGAACAACUUUCUCUUGGGUUGGGUUCGGACGCGAUGA